AGACGGUGACAAUGGCGUUGGCCCAGGUACUGCUACAUCACGCCCCCCCCGGCACAGACCGCAAGCAGCCUCAUCAACCUCCCUCCCAGCAAGCGUCAUCCCGGCCGGAAACUUCUCAAGGAAAUGAAUAAAAUACGAUAUCUCCUCCCUGCGAGAUCCAUCCAACCAACCUCCAGCUGCACUAAACCCCCCUCCGCUAAAUAAGUUCGCCCAACGACAUCCUCAUCAUCAAUCAUCGAUCUCCGAAUGUCCAUCUGACCUGUCCACAGAACCCGGAAUCUCUCCCCGUUUUCUUCGCAACCCCCAACCACCAACACCACCUUGGCUAGCCUCCAUCUAUAGCCAACCCCUCAUCAACCACACCCCGUAUCUCUCUGAAUAUCAAAACCGUUGCUCCACCGCUUCUCCACCGCUUCUCCUACACGCAGUCAGUCCUGACUUGUGACCUGCAGACCUGCAAUAAGCGGGCUGCAGCUUGUCGCAUCUCCCUCGCGCGUCUCUCCGUAUCCUCUCGAAUGCGGCUCCUCCUUCUCCUCCCUUCAUAAAAAAGGGUUGUCCGACCGGUUGGCUGGCGGCCCUCUUAGUCUAUACUCUAGCUUGCUCUUUCAGCGUUUGAUACUGUCAAAGCUCCGUGGGGGAGGGGAUAGUCUUUGAUAGAAAUAUCACUGUGUGUUUGUGGUUGUUACCGCUGCUGCUGUUGUUGUUCGAAUGAUGGACGUCCAUCUCGUGCCUGGCGGCGGGCGGCGGAACUAUACGGGCUUCGUGACCAAGACCAUCGUAUAUGCUGCGACGCUGCUUGUGUUUUUGACCACAUUCGCCCUGACGCUGGCGUCAAUAGUCCUGCCGCGAUGGAUCAGCUCUCAGAGAGGAACGUCUGCCGGCGUCUCCUACGGCCUCCACUAUCGCUGUUUCUCCACUACCACCCCCAACACGACAACGACGACCACGACCUGCGUGCGCUUCCCGCAAUUCGAUGACUGCACCGGCGACGACCGCCAGUUCUGCUCCAUGUGGCGCUCCGUCGGGUUCCUCAUGUCCUUCGCCGUCGUGCUCGAGGGCAUGACAUUGAUUACCUAUAUUAUCAUCUUGGCCGGCGGCAAGCAGAUGCGCGAGUCUGGAUGGCGGAUUCUUUCCAUGUUAUUGCUUUUGGUUGCCCUGGUGCAGUGCGCCAGUAUGGGGUUGGUGUCUUACCUCAACGACAACGACGAUCACUUCUACCUUGGCUUCCGCCUCGACGACUCCUUCAUCAUGUGUACCGUCAGCUGGUGUCUGGCCCUCCUCGCUGCUGCGACCAUCAUCUUCGCCGCUCGCGUCUUGCCCUCCGAGGGCGGCUACGAAUUAAUCGCUGAGCAACCUAAUAGCUGAGCUGGCUGCUCAUAGCCCUCUUCUUUUUUUUUUUUACUUUAAUACAAAUUACGUGAAAUUAUCCACAAUCAUGCUCUCGAUAUUGCUUUUCACCGCGGCGCUCUGGUUUGAAAGAAAUACCCAUAUAUCUGUAGGGCCAGAAGAAGCGGUGGCAGGGGAGGAAGAUCUAGCACUUCUCCUCUCCUCACUUAACUCCGUUCAAUUUCACAUAUUUAUUGAGACCAAUAAACCGCGCGCUUUGCUUCCUUUUUGCUUGUCUGAUUGAUUUGCCUGAUUUGACCUGUUUGGUUUGGUUUGGUGGUUCUGAAUUGGUCUAUCUCUUUUCUCUAUUCUGCCUCCCAGGAGUCCAGUCCCCAGUUCCGUAAUAUCUUUUGUUUUUAUGCUUUUCUCCGGGCCUGCUCACCUGAGCUGAGCCGUGGUGGUUGUCAUCGUAGUACGUCCAUAAUUAUUAAACCCAACCCAACCCCACCCCCCCCAAUUCUCCUUUUUUUUUUUUUUUUUUUUUUUUUCGAAUUGGGUGUUCCGAUGUCCCACCCCGGCAUGAAAAAGGGUUUCAAAUUCACCGUGUUCAGCGCCUUGUUCCGUUCCAGAUGAUCAUUCUAUGCCAUUCUUCCUAACGUGCACGCAGUUCGCGGCCAAUAAAAUACCCCGAUUUCCUCGAUUCUCUAUUGCUCAGUAAUCUUACGCUCCGUGGUGUGCGUGUGUGGUUGAUAAUGAACAGGAAGCCCAAUGAAGAUAUAUAUUCAUGUGCGGGGAAUAUGGAAUGUAGUAUAAUCUCUAUUUUAUGAUUUGUUUCUGUAUAUGAUUGAUCGUGUUAUACACCUCCCUCGGUCUUGGUUCGGGAGACUAGAAAAGUGAAGACCGAAUAACGUAAAAUGAAGACGGACGGUGGAAAGGGGGUAUCUCAAAAUUAUAGAAAACUCGACGACAAACCAUCCCAUCUCGUUUCCAUCCCGUUCCAUUACAUAUAAUCUCAAAUAAAUGGAUAAAUCAGCCAGCCAG